CAAAGGUCAGACUCACGAAACCCGGCCGCCGCUGCGGACUCAUGGCAUGCGUGUGUCUCAUGCCGUGGCCCUGUUCUCCCGUCCUCUUGCGCUCGGCACGGAAAGCGCCACAAGUGCAGAGCUCUACUGCUGGCUGUUCCCGGUGCAUCGCUGCCGCACGGACCCAGAGUGGCCAGCGGGGAUCCCGCGGGUCAUCGCCGACGUGCCCGGAGAGGAGGAUUUGUCGGAUAGAUGUGUCAGAGAGGCCCGGGACAGUUGGAUCGCCUGUGAGAACGCAGCCUUGGAGCCCAUCGACUUUGCACUGGCCCCCGACUUGAAUGCGGCUGGCAUCGGGGAGCCCAUCCCAGACUUUCGAGCGCUGGUCUUCACAGGCUCGUAUCCGAACAUGGCGACUCAGGGCCUUUUGCAGCAACUGGAUGAUGAUGAAUCGAUGAGUAACUUCUUCAACUACCAGGUCUCAUUUUGGUGGGCCAACAAGGAGCUGACACAAUUCUCGGAUAUGGACCUGAGCAGGCCUGCGUGCAACGCCAUGUGGCAACCCGUGAAGGCGAAGGCUCAGAGUGUUGCCUUCAGCCCUCAAGGGGAGCUUUUCUGCAGAUCCUGCCGUGAGGAGCUGCAGGACAUGUGGCGCUAUGCCAACAGCGAGCUGGACUUUGCAGAGUUCCCCUUCAGCGGGGCCAAGGUGGACUGCUUCUUGGGCGUGGCCACACUGACUCUGACAGAGCUUCUUUGCGUGCAUUCCUGCGCAUCUUUCGCCGAUGGUGGGCAAGAGGUGACAGACCGCGACAUCCACGACGUCUUGUGGAAGAAGGUUCAACUGGAGUUAGAGGGCCUGCUGUUCUUCUUCGACUUCUCCCUUGCCAAUUUGGUGGCCUCUGGCUGGCCCAUCGUGACCUUGCUCUAUCGCCUCGGGGAUGGCUUCCGACAAAGCUUCGGCAACCUGGUGCCCAAUGAGUGCGACCUGCUAGACGGCGACAGGGCCAACGAGCUCUUCCCGCUGGUGCAAAAGCUGGUGGAGGGUGCUGUCCUGGAUCUCCCGCAAAUACGAAAGAUCGCAGACAUUGCCAGUGGCUUGCUGGAGUUUGCUGCCAAUCCCUGCUCCUUCUCUGUGGGCGCAGCAUUGCUGGCGCUGCUGAGAGCCGGCCAGAUGUCCACCGCAGUGCAAGUGGUGGAGUCCGACUUCCCGUGGCUCGUUUUGGAUGCUGUCAAGACCUGGGACGCCGUGAGCGGACAGCGUGUGGGCUUGAAGCGUCGCUUCUUCUACGACGCUUUGACCACCAGGUGGCCCUGGCUGCGGCUCUUGGAGCAGGUGGACUAUCACCGGCGCCAGCUGCCAAGCCAUUGGCCCCUGGACGAGACCCUCUCAGCGCCCAAGGCAGAUUUUGAGGCGAGUUCCACGUGCGCGGCGCGGGUAAAGGCGGCCGAAGAAACUUGGCAGUGGCACUGGAGGAGCCCUUUCCAGUCCCACGGGGAGAAGCUGCAGGAAGUCUCCAUAGAAGUGCUGGCGCAAAGAUUGUGCCGACUGGACAAGGCGGAGGUUCUGUUCCUGAGCGGCACCUCCUCGGGCUACAAGUGGGGCUCCUUCACGGUGCGGGGGCGGCAGGUUGCGCGGGGCCUGCGCCAACUGGUAUCCAUUGGGCCGGAGAUACGGGCGCGCGCCUGGAACCAGGAUUGCAGCAGCUGGUGCUCGGACUUCCAGGCCUACGGCCAGAACUGGUCGAGCCCACAAGUUGUGGUGCACGUCAAGUUUCCCUGCAAGUGCGUCAAGGAGGUCUUGGCCAAUGAAACGGUAUGGCAUGUCUAUGACCACGUGGACUUGUUUUCUCUGGUCCCCGACGGCAUGGAUCUGAUGUUGGCGGUCACAUCUCUUGCAGCUCAAGACUACGGCACGCAUCCCUCGGUGCUCGCUGCCGGCACGCAGGUCUUUUGGCAUCCGCUGCACCAUUCCAAUGAGCGCAACUACCAGAUCCCUUGGCGUGACCGAGCGGAGACCGUCGGGAGCCAUACAACCCACAACGACACAGAGUUGUACUACGCCGUGGGUAUGCUGGCCUCCAACCUGGGGGUGCAGUUCGAGCACAUCGAUCCCACCGCCAGGUUCGCCAGCACGGCAGGGCUUGUGAUCACCCCGCAGCAGACUCAAGAGGUCUAUGAGCAAUUUGGCGAGAUGGACAUCACUGUGAUGCGGCAUGCCGGGUGCAUGGUCCAUGUGAAUUGCACUGCGACCCGGGCUUGGUUCUGUGACCGGUACAAGACGGGGCAGCGCUUGGUGAACGCGUUCGCCGUGGGCCUGCCUGCAGUGUUCUGGCACCAACAAGGCUUUCUGGAUGUGAUUGCCGGCUCUGACUACCCAGCGGUUGCCAGCAGCACAGAGGAAGCCCUCUAUUGGAUCAGUGAGCUGGUGACAAACAGCGCUCUUCGGCGGAAGUUGCGGCUCCAGGCGUUGGACCUGGCAAAGCCCUUCGCCCUAGAGCGCCUGAGCCAGCGCCUUGCUCUCAUUUUGGCCCAAAGCUUGGCCACGGGCAAAGCGAACCAGUCCUUCAUGAGCGCGCGCUCUAGCGAAAGCUUCACUGAGCCUGACAUCGAGGCCAUGCAGCAUGCCAUGCGCCGCGGGGUUUGCACCGAGUACAUGUCAGCAGGCCUGUUCUUUACCGGGCCCUUCUUCCUUUUUGGAUGUUGCUUGCUACUAUGCGGCUACCUGGCGCCGCAGGGGUGCAAUCAAGCAAUGGCAAGCUCUUUGCUGGGCUUGGGAGUUGUGCAUAUUGGGCUGAGCUUUCUCAGCAGCCUGAUCGUCAUCUACUUCGCCUUGCAGGUCGCGAAGGUGGUGUCGCUCCGUUUCGCCGCCUUCAAGUACAAGGAGCAGCAGCGCCUGCAGGAGAGUGAAGAGGUCGAGCAACUGUCCAACAGAGCCCAAGCCAGGCUUCCUGCAGUGCGUUCCUGCGCGGCGCUUCUCAUCGCCAUGUUCGUGGUGCUGGACAUUGCUCUCUGGAUUUGGGGCAUAAUGGGGGCCGCGAGCUCCAAGAGUUGCGGAUGGGCCACUGGCGCCUUCUGGUGCUUGUGCGUGGUCUCCUUCUCUUCACUGAUUGUGGCCGGCUUGGUGGUCUUCAAGUAUUACGACAUGAUCGAGCUCCGGUGA